GUGGAUGGGGGCCAUGGGGCCCGAUCAUGCAUAACCAAGGAGUAGAAUGCUCUUUCAGCGUUCCUGCGGAAAAUUAUCUUUUGGCGCCGCGACUCGACAAUCGGAGACCAAUUAAGCCGUGCAACCAUCCAAGGCGGCUUUUCCCCUUUUACCCAAUGCGAGAGAGAUAGAAAAAAAAACAGCAGAAAAAACCCACUACGUCUGGUAUACCUUCCGAAACGCUACAGCCUGUGUCAGCUCGUCCGUCAUUGGACGAUCAAGGUCACGUGCUUUGAAUGGAGAAAGUGAGAGGCAUGGAUGGGUAACGUGUAUGUCGUUAAAGACUCAAAUGGAUGCUAGGAUUGAACCGUAUCCAACUCGGCCCGCAUAGCAAACAAAAAUAGUUCAAUUUUGACAAUUAGUUGGUUUACCGGUGAGGCGUGAGGAUGAGUUCCGCGUCGACGUGCGGAGUGGAUCCCAAAUUCCCGCCGCUGGAGGAAUACGCGCAGUCCAGCUACAUUCCGACCAAUGGCUGCUACAGCGGCCCACACUUCGCUAACGAGAACCACAGGUUCGGCGAAGCCAACUCCUCGCCGACCUUCCACCAGGAGUACGAGAAAUACCGGGCGAACUUUGCCGAGUGCGACCAGGCCCGGCCCGCUAGCCUACAGCAUAACUUCAGCAGCUUCACCGCCGCGCUGGCAGGCGAGGGAAAUGUGGAAAGCUGGGGCGACUAUCCGAGUAACACGGACAGAGACAAUGGCUGGACCAGCCUAGGGACCAAUAGUCCCUGUCUAUUCAAACAAAGAGGGUCCGGCAAACUUGGGAAUAACCAGAUGCCGGCCCAGCAACUCCCGCUAUAUCCCUGGAUGAAACGAAUACACGUCAAUCCUGCGGUCGGGAGUCGUUUAUCAGCAUCCGGUGUCGACAACAAACGGACCCGCACUUCGUACACCAGGCAACAGCUUUUAGAGCUGGAGAAGGAAUUCCAUUUCAACCGCUACCUGACGCGGAGACGGCGCAUCGAAAUCGCCCAGUCCCUCGGACUCUCGGAGCGGCAGAUCAAGAUCUGGUUCCAGAACCGUCGGAUGAAGUGGAAGAAAGACCACAACCUUCCCAACACCAAGCCCCGAGCCGGCACGACCACGCAGGCGGGCACCCGCCCCGCUGGACCGGCUAACUUCGACGCCACGCCGGCGACGGAUAUCAAGCGGGACACGCCGGAGAGUACGAGCACGGAUUCGUCGUGACCUGGCUGCGAUGGAACAGUUGUGCUCAUAUCCGGUACUGUUAUCAUGUACUUAAUUUUGCCGCACCGAAUCAAUUGUUACUGAGUUGUAAAUUAUGUAACUUCAGUGACAAGUUCGAUUAAGUAAAACUGGUUUCAUCCAGGCAUGCCACCGAACAGUCUCCUUUAUGCUGCCGAUUAAAGCCGGACUCCUUAACAUUUUUAACAGCCCGGCAUUGUCUUCAGUUUUGUUCUUUAUAUAAUAAUCAGCAGGAUUAAACAAUUUCACUCGGAAAAGCUUCAACAAUUAGUAAACAUCCACCAUAGAGGCGUGGCUUUCACAUCAGCUUAGAAAAAAAAGGAUAGGAGUGAUACAUUGCAUGACACAUUUAUUUCCAUACUUAAACCAAUGACAAAAUUUAAACUCUCUUAAAAAUUAGUUGAUUGUUACAAUCAUUAUCAAAACAGGAAGGAUUCUUAUGUUAUUUUCCAGUCCCAGAGUCUAUAUUAUUUUGAUUACUUGUUCGGAUAUUUUCAUGCGAAUACUUCAAAUGGCUUUUAUUCGUCAAGCUUAUAUGCAGGGUGUUUUAAAGUAUCUCUCAAUUUUUGUACGUAUGAGUUCGAUUAUUUUUGCGUGUGUAAUUUCGUUUCUAAAAGAUAAAACACCAUUUCAAUCUUCAAUUAUUCGGCUCGUUCAACGAUGACAAAUUUGUGAAAACUUUUAAUUUCAACGAUUUCGUUGAAAUUAGACACAAUUUUAAACUUUUCAGUCAUG